UUCACCCGAUGGUAUGAUUGACGCGACAACGAUGGUGGAUGCAGAGCAACGCCGUGACGAUACGCCGUGCCGCUUGUGCCUGGAAAGCAUCGCAUCACUCGAGACGGCUGGUGUCGACCUGUUGGAAAAUACAGAUGUUAAAAAAUUACUGCAUGAUGUGUACGAACUGAAGAUACUCCCGAACGACAACAAGUCCACCAUGAUGUGUAUGCCCUGCUACCAACAGUUAAUGCACCACUACACACUUCGAAUGAAACUGCUGAUGCUAAGAAAAACCUUCCGCAUAAACCAGACCAUGAUGCUCACGCAGAUAAAUGCCUUCAGUGGCACUUGUGCAGAGUCCAGUGCAUCAAAGCGGGAUGAAAAUGAAACAACUGCCGAACAGGAGAAAACCACCAAAACGGCAACGACAGCUUCAAUCCCGACCCCGUCUCCACCCCUUUCCGCCCAGGUUCCGGUUACAAUGAAAGGGGAACUGGGAAAAGCACCAGAAGAAAAUGAAGUAACUAAAGUAACUUCAUCCAAACCAGCAACAAAAGCUACCCCGGAGAUGGUUGAAAAUCAGCUGAUUCCAAUCGUUUUGGACUGCCUGAAAGACCCUCUCUACAGGAGCGCGCUUUCGCCGUUGGUGGUGUCGACGGAUCGGAAAGAUCCGGCACCGUUGGUGUUGCUGUGCAGUACGUGCCAUAACUCCUUCAAAGCCAAAGAAAAAUUCGAUCAGCACCGUUCGAAGGGUUGCGUUCCGUGUUGCCGCUACUGUCUGGCAGAAAUGACCGCGGACCACCAUUGCCCAUUUUUAAACCAAUACUCAUCCGUCAUACCCCAUAUCGUUGGGAGUCGGAAGUACGUGACUACCGUUACCAUUCCGGAUAGCGCUGUUGAUGAUGAUGAUGCUGCUGCUCCAGUAGAACCACCGGACGACGAAUGCGAGGAACCGAAAAGUAAGAAGCGCAAUCUCGGUGAACGAUUUUCUUCUGUCGAUCGUCGUUCAGUUACGCCCAAUCCGAGGAAAAGGGAGAAGAGCAACAGUAGCAGCACCAGCAGCGUCAGCAGUGCAAAAAAUCCAAAAUCGGCAGAGUCGCAAUCGCAGCCGAAAACUACGCUUCCCACUACCCUUGACACCAUGUCCCGGUCGUCUUCUGAAUCGGAUGCACUGGUAACACUAUCGCACCGCAAAUCUGCUGCCGAUAAAAGUGCAGUUAGUUCUAGAAAGCGGAAAAGAUAAUAAUCAUAAGCUGCAGUUUUAUGCAACCGAGCAAACACACGUGUAUGGACCCGUUUCGAGUAACGCAAUAACGUUUACAUGUAUUCACCGUUUUUUAGUUACACAAAAGUCUAAUAAAAUGUAGCACCCCUUACAGCUAAA